UUAAGCCAAUAUCUGUCGUGUACAAGACAAUCGGGGCUGCAGACCUCGUCAGUUGAUAAACAUACGUGUCUAUGCAAGAGGUAUUGGAAGAGAGGGAGACGCACUAUGGAUGUUCUACAUGCAAUGCUUAUCGUGGGCCAUUUUCUGGCCGUUCUUCUGACACCCGCAAUGUGUGCGAUAAAGACAGACAAUUACCAGGUUCUGACCUCAUGUCCUGGACAGAUCAUGAAGAGCGGGUACAUAUCCUUGAUAAUUCGUGAUGUGACGAAGUUGGACUGCGGAAGAAAAUGUUCUGAGAGUGAUUUCUGCAAGUCCUUUCAUUACGGUUCCCUCUCCAGGAUGUGCCAUCUCAACACAGACUUUGAUCAAGGGGAUUGCUCGAAGAUGGACAUUACUUCGGAAAUGGUUUACUACGUUAAGGCUCAACAAUGUGCAAAUGGCGGUAUUCUACAACCCGACUCGAGCUGCCAGUGUCUCAAUGGCUACGUGGGUACAUGGUGUGAACGUAUAAUGACAGAUUGCAGUGAAGGUUAUGCUGCUGGGUAUUCCGACGGCUACUACAACAUCCAGCCAACGUCUUCAUCGACGGGGUUUGCGGUGAGAUGUGUCAUGAAGGUUGGAGGAAGAACGAUUGUCCACUAUCGCUUUGAAACACCAACUGCCACGUUAGAUUUCAACCGGAGUUGGGCAGAUUAUCGCGACGGCUUCGGGCUGACCAACAACGAUCACUGGCUGGGGCUGGAGAAGAUAUACCACAUUUGUAAACCGGGGACAUGUACACUGAAAAUUGAACUGAGAUUUGUCGACGAUUCUUAUAAGCAACAGUACUACGAGAACUUUUUUCUUUCAAACGAGGGAGAUGACUACCGUAUGUAUUUUGCGAAAACACGUGGUAAAAGCGGUGCCACCCUAGGAGAUUGUUUAACUCCACUCAACGCAUCGGCAUUCAGCACGUACGACCGAGACAACGACAAUGAUGCCGGAAGCUGUGCCGUCGAAUACGAAAGCGGAUUUUGGUUUAACGCAUGCGCAGAUUGUAACCCGAAUGGUCGUCUCCUUCGUCCGGCGGACGAGAAACGAACAAAUGUGCCUUCUGAGGUGUUCUGGACAAACGACCUUGGGGACAUGGUACCGAACCGAUUGCUCAUGUGGCUAGUUGUGACGUAGACAUGAUUUCAAACAAUUACGUGCAUGAUUUCAAAUAACACGUCCCAUUUUAAUUCUGGAAACCCAAAAGUCCAGAAACUCUACGGUCUUUGCCCAGUCUCGGUUAAAGGUAUUUACAAAAUUAAACAUGUUGUUUUCAUGGGAAC